AAUCGCGCCGUCCUCGCCAUCAUUAUCCACGGUAGUGGAGGUGGCGGUAGCGGCGACAAGCGGCGGCGAGCGGCGACACAGUGCCACCUCCUCGAUUCUAGGGAAUCGAGCGGUCGGUCGCGGUCGGUCGCGGAGCGCGAAAGGUGCGCGAGAAUGUACGAGAGAGCGGUUCGAAAGUGCGGAUAAAUGUGUCGGUCGCGUUACAAGACGUGAGGCGCGAGCGCGAGAACAGGAGAGAGAGCGAGAGAGAGAAAGAAAAAGCGCGAUAUAUAUAAAAAAAAAGAGAGAGAAAGAGAGACAGAGAGAAAAGAAGAGCGGGAGAGGGAGAAGGCUCGCGAGCGCGCGCGCGCGCGCACGCGGGGGCAUCCGGAGGAGCGCACGGUAGAGCGAGCGAGUUUAUUUUUAGUGGCAGAAGGUGAAGAAGGCGGGCGAAGAGAGCACCGCGCCGAGUGGUAUUAAGCGGCAGCACAGUGGCCCGAUGAAGCGGCGUAUGUGACAUCGGGCUUUCCUCUCUCUUGCCACCGUCGAGAAGAAGAGACACCUCGCAGACAUCUUGCUGCCACCGUCUACGCCGUUGGUCCUCCAUUCGUUUGGAGGCCAGUGGAGCAGCAACGCCAGAGAAUAAUACGAGCUGUGGUAGCCUUGUGGAAGUGUAAUAGUAGUUGGCUUCGGCCAACAGAGGCAACAGAGAUAUCAUGGCGACGAUAGACGGCCGGCCGGCCCAAUAUGGUGUCACGCUUAAGCAACUCCGCGAGCUCAUGGAGCUGCGGGGUCGCGAAGGUGUCAACAAAAUCAAUAGUUACGGUGGUGUGCAGGAGAUUUGUAAAAAGCUGUAUACUUCACCCAAUGAAGGUCUUAGUGGAUCAGUAGCAGACAUACAACAUAGGCGAGAUACAUUUGGUUCCAAUAUGAUACCUCCAAAACCACCAAAAACGUUUUUACAGUUAGUAUGGGAAGCAUUGCAAGAUGUCACGUUAAUCAUCUUAGAAGUAGCAGCAUUGGUUUCAUUAGGUCUUAGCUUUUAUCAUCCAGCUGAUGAUGAAAAACCUUUAAUAGAUGAAGACGAAGCGAAAUAUGGGUGGAUUGAAGGACUCGCUAUAUUGAUUUCUGUAAUUGUGGUGGUCUUAGUGACGGCGUUUAAUGACUACUCCAAGGAGAGGCAGUUUAGGGGUCUUCAAAGUCGGAUAGAGGGAGAGCACAAGUUCUCAGUUAUACGGCAAGGAGAAGUGAAACAAAUUUCUGUGUCUGAUAUUGUUGUUGGUGACAUUUGUCAGAUAAAAUAUGGAGACCUGUUGCCUGCGGACGGUAUUCUUAUACAAAGCAACGAUCUCAAAGUAGAUGAAUCCAGUCUGACUGGAGAGUCAGAUCAUGUAAAGAAAGGGGAAUCGUUUGAUCCUAUGGUACUUUCAGGUACACAUGUGAUGGAGGGUUCUGGAAAAAUGUUAGUUACUGCAGUAGGUGUUAAUUCCCAGGCGGGUAUUAUCUUUACCUUAUUGGGUGCUGCUGUUGAUCAACAGGAGCAAGAAAUCAAGAAAAUGAAGAAAGAGGCUAAAAAGCAGCGGAAGAAGAAGUCAUUACCAGGGAUGCAGUCUAAUCUUGACGUGGUAAAUCAAGGAGAGGAAGCGGUAGAGAUUACCGGGAACAGUCACGUGACCGCAGCCGGUAAGCACGAGGGUGGCGAGAAUCAUCACGCGCCCGCGCCCGCAAGCACCGGGGAGCCCAGCGGGAAGAAGGAGAAGAGUGUUCUGCAAGCCAAGCUAACUAAACUCGCCAUACAGAUCGGUUACGCCGGCUCGACCAUCGCAGUGCUCACCGUCGUCAUUUUAAUCAUACAAUUCUGCGUGACGACCUUUGUCAUCGAGGGCAAGCCGUGGCGAAAUACGUACGCCAACGAUCUGGUGCGGCAUUUGAUCAUCGGUGUCACGGUGCUCGUAGUCGCCGUACCCGAGGGUCUUCCUCUAGCCGUCACUUUGUCACUCGCUUAUUCCGUCAAGAAAAUGAUGAAGGACAACAAUCUGGUACGUCACUUGGACGCCUGCGAGACUAUGGGUAAUGCCACCGCCAUUUGUUCGGACAAGACCGGCACCUUGACUACGAACCGCAUGACCGUGGUACAGUCGUACAUAUGCGAGAAGAUGUGCAAGACGACGCCGAAUUUCUCGGAUAUACCGAGUCACGUCGGUGAACUGAUCGUACAGGCCAUCUCCAUCAAUUCGGCGUACACGUCGCGAAUAAUGGAGUCGCAAGACCCUAGCGAAUUGUCGCUGCAGGUCGGCAACAAAACCGAAUGUGCCUUACUUGGAUUUGUAUUAGCCCUGGGCAAGAAAUAUCAAACCGUGCGGGACGAUUAUCCUGAGGAAACUUUUACGCGGGUGUAUACGUUUAAUAGCGUAAGAAAGAGCAUGUCUACCGUUAUUCCCAGGAAAGGCGGUGGAUAUAGGCUCUUCACCAAGGGCGCUUCCGAGAUCAUCAUGAAGAAAUGUGCCUUUAUAUAUGGUCGCGAAGGUCAUCUGGAGACGUUUACCAGAGAGAUGCAAGAUCGUCUGGUAAAGAACGUGAUCGAACCUAUGGCAUGCAACGGACUGCGCACCAUCUCCAUCGCUUAUCGCGACUUUGUUCCUGGCAAGGCGGAGAUCAAUCAAGUUCACAUCGACAACGAGCCCAAUUGGGACGACGAAGAUAAUCUAGUGAACAAUCUCACCUGCUUGUGCAUUGUCGGUAUCGAAGAUCCGGUGCGUCCUGAAGUACCGGACGCAAUUAGGAAAUGCCAAAAGGCUGGCAUUACCGUGCGCAUGGUGACAGGUGACAAUAUAAACACCGCGCGAUCCAUCGCGCUUAAGUGUGGUAUUUUCAAGCCGAACGAAGACUUCCUCAUUCUCGAGGGUAAGGAAUUUAAUCGCAGGAUUAGAGACAGCCAUGGCGAGGUGCAACAGCAUCUGCUGGAUAAGGUGUGGCCAAAAUUGCGAGUACUAGCUAGGUCGUCGCCCACCGAUAAGUAUACCCUGGUAAAAGGCAUCAUCGACAGUAAAGCGAGUGAGAGUCGCGAGGUCGUGGCUGUUACCGGUGACGGCACGAACGACGGUCCAGCCUUGAAGAAGGCCGACGUCGGCUUCGCCAUGGGCAUCGCCGGCACGGACGUCGCCAAAGAGGCGUCCGACAUUAUACUGACGGACGAUAACUUCUCGUCGAUCGUGAAGGCGGUCAUGUGGGGGAGAAAUGUCUACGAUAGCAUCGCCAAAUUUCUGCAGUUUCAACUAACCGUCAACGUAGUUGCUGUGAUCGUCGCUUUCAUCGGUGCUUGUGCCGUGCAGGACUCGCCGCUCAAGGCAGUACAGAUGUUGUGGGUAAACCUAAUCAUGGACACAUUAGCGUCCCUCGCCUUGGCUACCGAAAUGCCUACGCCCGAUCUACUCCUCCGUAGACCAUACGGUCGCACAAAACCACUCAUUUCCAGGACAAUGAUGAAAAAUAUUCUCGGUCAGGCCUUGUAUCAGUUGAGCGUAAUUUUCACGCUUCUUUUCGCUGGUGACCUGAUGCUCGAUAUCGACACGGGCCGCGGAGUGGCAGCGGCAGGCGGCGGACCCACGCAACACUUCACCGUCAUCUUUAACACGUUCGUCAUGAUGACUCUUUUCAACGAAUUCAACGCCAGGAAAAUUCACGGUCAGCGCAAUGUCUUCCAGGGAAUCUUCACCAACCCCAUCUUCUAUUCGAUUUGGAUCGGCACGUGUUUGUCGCAAGUGGUCAUCAUACAAUAUGGUAAAAUGGCAUUCAGCACCAAAGCGCUCACGUUAGACCAGUGGUUGUGGUGCCUGUUCUUCGGAAUCGGUACGCUAAUAUGGGGCCAAAUAGUUACGACUAUUCCUACACGCCGAAUUCCCAAAAUUCUUUCAUGGGGCCGCGGCCAGCCGGAUGAUAUCGGCGCGAUCAAUCUAGGAGACGAGAAAUACGACCCAGACUCGGAUAAAAAGCCGCGCGCAGGACAAAUUCUAUGGAUCCGUGGUCUAACACGGCUACAGACACAGACGAGCAAUAGAACUCUGGUGCAGAAUGUAUCUGUGACAGGCAGAUCCCCUUCUCAGGAUUACUACAUGCUUCGAGUAAUCAGAGCGUUCAAGUCGACUCUGGAAGAUCUGGAGGAGCGUCGCUCUGUCCAUAGUUUACACAGCUUACACAGUAUGCGCAGUUCACGCAGCCACACCGGGCCCCGACCACUCUCUGACUUCACAUACAUUGACGAAGACCCGACAAACACCACCGCGCAGAACGCCGCCUACAAGUCCUCUAAUAGAAGUGCCGAGCCGAUGAUGAAUCAGGAUUACGAGACAAACUACAGAGGAUCCUCCAGGAUGCAACAGUCCCUCAACAGCCCCGCCUCGCCGUUGUUGCUGAGCGUGACCGGGCCGGCCAACGCGUACAAUCAUCAUUACACCACUACCAAUACCAUCACCGAUAACAAAUUCCCCACUAGUAACGCCCUCAAUCAAGCCCUGAGCCCCAAUCAUAUGGUGCAGACGAGCAGUAAUAGAGACAACACCGGAAAUUCCCUGCUUCUGAGCUCCAACAAUUUGGUUCUACCAGAGUUGACCAAACUCGUGCACGAGACCAGCAUUUAAAGAAUCUUUUCUCUGUUUUCUACAUAUCAUUCCAUCCUCCUCCAUCCCUCUUUAUCUUUUCUUUUUUUUUUUACUAUCGAUUUUAUCAUGUUUGAUUUAUCCAAAGUUUUAUUAUUCAACUUUCCUUUUCCUCAUUUUGUAUCUGUCUGUCUGUCCUUUGAUUCGAUGUCUCUUUCCCUUUGGCACUUUUUUCCUCUACUAUGUAGAGGGACUUGUAUAUAUAUUCCUCCUGCGGUCUCAUAUGCAUCGCGGGAUCUCACUCGAGAUCCUGCAAUCUCGUCUCGCUCGAUCCGUGAGGCGAGGGAGAGUAUCAUGCGUUUUAACUUUGCUCCUUUUCUUCUUUUGGAGUCAAUUAUCAUCCGCCUCUAUUUUCGUCACUUUUUCCCAAGAAUGUACUUACCGCGUAUUUUGCUCGUAUCGGUCAUACCCUCAACUACCUUUUUUUCUCUUUUUCGACUCCUCUCUCUCUUUUUCUCCGCCCCUCUGCCGGAAACUUCUUACCACUCGCUCAACGGGGACGGCGGAUCUGAUCUGAUCUCAAAGAAAUUGCAGCGCGCCGAUUUAAGAUACGCCCGCAUAUACACGAAUAAAGGCGCAACAUUGCGGCCUGCUUCUUAUAUAAAUAAAACCGAAGGCUACCGUGUACUUAACACGCGCGUCGUAUCGUUGGGGUGGGAUGGAAGGCGAGGAAGAGGAGGGACGGUUGCGAAGAGACGGGGAGAUUCUCCGCGAAAUAUCGCGAAUGGUUUGCGAAUGGCACGUUCUUCGUGCAUGGGCUAUACACUGUUGAGUAUGAUAUAUAUAGGGAUCCCGCUUUUUCCUAUCGCUUUUUUCCCGUAUUCGACUAGUGUACCGGAUGAAAGUACUAUUUUCCCCCUUUAGGGUAACAUUCUGGAGUUUGUUGAACGAUGGUGAUAUGGGCUGCGACGCAAUCUCAUAGUAUUAAAAAAAAAAAAUGAAUAUCUAACGAGAGGUCAUUGCACUGCACAGUCAUGCGAAACGAUGUUUUAGAAUAUUUCUUAAAAUAAUUAACGUUAUUCAAUUAAUACGUAAACGAGAUUGAUAUUUGAUGUCAGUGACGUCGCAAACAUUUUUAUUAAUCUUAAGUAGUGCAUUAAUUUUCAAGAGAGUAUUAUCACGGUUUUAUCGAGAGUUUUUUGACAUUAAGAUUUUUUACGUUUCGUUGAAGGGUAAGCCGUUGCAGCCCGCGUAAAUAUAUAUGCGUAAUCUGAUAAUAAUUAUUAAAUGAUUAAAUUUAUUAUUUCUGAAGAAUGACGUUGUAUGCCAAUUCGUACAUGAAAAUAGUAUUUUACCGUAUACUUGACAAAUGUAGACAACGCUUAAGUGCUUGUCCGCUUAUGAAUUAACCUCUCAUACAAUUGUUUACUUUAUAUAUUUAUCUAUUUACUUAUAUAUCUACCUAUUUAUUUAUUUAUCUACUGACCAAUAAUUAGUGAUAAAGAAUAAUUAAAAAUUAAAGCUAAUUAACUCUUCAUGUGCACUUUGACAAAAUUCUGGAAAAUGAGAGAAAUAAGUUACAAAUGAAAAUAAGCUAUACUUGUUUUUUUUUCUUUUUUUUUUAGAAAAAUAAGUAAGUUAUAAUAAUUUUAAUAGUAGUAUUCAAAAUUAUUAUUUCACGUAAAAUUAUUAAGAAUAAAAUAUUUUUUUAUAAAUUAAAAUUUUUUUUCUCUGUCUCUCAUUGUCAUUGUUGCAAUUUUAAAAAAAGUAUCCGAGAAAUUAGUUUGUAUAAAGGAUUUAUUUUUUUUCCGGAUUAUAUAUAGCAUCACUUUUGCUUCAGUGUUCACCAAUUUGAUAGUCAGUUUAAUAAUCACGUGUCACUCGUUUGCUUGCCUGUUUGGGAUUGGAUGUGAGUGUGUCUGUUCGCGCGAUAUAACUAACGACGACUCGACCCAGGUCGUCGAGGAUGAUGAUGAUGUCAGGGACAAUCUACCUCUAUUGAGAUAAAUCCUCGCGAAUUAACACUUGUAACUGCUUUUCGCGAAUGCGACUAACAAAAGACCUUCCAUCCCUGUUCGGAUAAAGAAGACGCGCGUUUCGGCGCCACUCGAGCGAGGGUACGGCUCGAUCGCGAUCGACAAUCGAAAAGGAUAUCGGAGAGAUCUAUUUAUUACAAAUCUUCCCACAUAUAUAUAUAUAUAUAUCACGACGAGAAACGACGUCUUUCCCGUCUUGGGGCUUAAUGUACUUACAUAUGUACUCCACCAUUAUUCCUCAGUCUCUUCUAUACUCACGAUUUUCGUCGUUUUUGUGAGCGGGCUCAGUUCUAUGGUAUCUGAAAUACUAAAAAGUAUUACAAAAUAUUGUAUUUUAAGACUUGAAACUGAAUAGAAAACGCGCGAAAAACUCUUUCGUAAUUUUCGAUUCAGUACGUUAUUUAAUUAUCAAUCAUAAACUAUUUUUUGCCAUAUUUCUUUCCCUUUUAAAUAUAUAAAUUUUAAAAAUUAAUAUCAAAAUUUAUAAUACGUUGAUUGUAUUGAGAAAAGAAUUAUUGUAAAAAUAUGAUGUCAUCAAGAAUAUUUUGAAAGACAUGUUCUUGUUAUUUUAAUAUUUUUUUAUUUAUGUUAUUGCAUUAAACAAAUCUAUUUACACGUGGGACCAAAGGAGAUCACUCCAUGAUAGUUCUGACCCCGGUCACGAGUCCUCCGGCUCGACUUCCCUCUUCUCGAUAUAUCUUUCUUAAUUUUGUGACCAUCCUCAAGUAUCAUUCAUCCCCCUAUCUCUUUCUUUAUCUCUAUCAUCUCCCUAUCUAUUCUUGCCUGUUUUCGAGCAAACCGAAUUCUGCCAGCGAUCCUGACAGAUAGGAUCCGAUCUCCAUCUCCCUCUCUCUUUACCUCUCUUUUUCUCUUUACAUCUCUCGACUGCUCGAGACGAAUCGCGGGGGCUCAGAGUGUUUUGGAAAAGCGUCGUCCGAUAGAGAAACCCGUCCCCACUUUUUUUCGUUCGAGUGAAAAAGAAAAGAAGAAAUAAGACAAAAAGAGAGAAAACGUCUGACGGAAUAUUCUACGGACGGAAGGAAGGAAAUUAAUAAUUGUGACCGCGAAUUAUAUAUAGGACGGUUCGUUACCGAUAUUCUCCUUUGCCGAGCGACAGCGUCGAGUGUGUGAUCGAAGCGGCGAAUAUAUAAGUACGCAGCGACGAUGUCGUUACGGACGGAGAGACGGAGGAGCGCUCUCGCUCUCGAUAUUGUAUAAUGUAAGUUUUAUUCAAUUUUUACGUACACUCUCUAUUUCUCUCUCUCUCUCUCUCUCUUUCUUGUUCGCUUUUCUCAUUUAUUUAUGAAUCUUGUAAAAGUAAAAAUUUAGGACCCGCGACUGUACGAAUUUUUCUCUAACGAACGCGUCGACCGUACAAUCGUCGUCGACCGGCAUUCCAGGGAAUCGUCAACGCGAUUUAAAUUCAUACCCGUGGAAUUGAAAGCGAUGUGUAAUUCCGAUAUAUAUAU